AUGAAGAUCCUCUCAAGCAUCCUCCUCUUGUUGGCAACAGCCGAAGCAUACCAGACCGCCAGUAGUCGACGUGAUGUCUUUCGUUCCGUAGCAAGUGCUGCCUUUGUGGGAGUCAUUCCCGCUGCAGCCAAUGCCAUCGAAGCUUGCCCCAAGGGUUCCAACAACUGCAUUCGAACCACCUGGACACCACCUGCAGGGACCAGCAAGUCCGAUGCUGCCAGUCAGAUCAAGACGAUUCUAGAAUCCUACCCACAAGAAGGACAAGAAAAGGUCGAUUUGGGGGGCUGGUCCUUUGCCUCGGAUUCCUUGGCGAGUUCCGGAACAGCCAGUGUGGAAUACAAGUCGGGCAUUGGCAACUUUGCCAAGUUCUUGAACGGCGGAAAACCUUUUGUGGAUGACCUUGUCGUCGAGGUUGGAGAUGAUGGAACCGCUCAAGUUCGAUCAUCCAGUCGAGUGGGUGACUCAGAUUUCAAGGUCAAUCAAAAGCGCCUCGAGUUCUUUGCCACGAAAUUGACCGCGGCUGGCUGGACGGCUCCAGCACCUGCUUAUUAA